GUCUCUUCGAUGUCUUCAACUCACGUCUCACUAUUCCUAACUGUCGCCACCGAUUUUUUCACCGCAACGUCUCUCUAGUUGACUAGAUAAAAAUAUUCCUUCGCCGUUCUCGACACCCUAGGCUUGGCCAACCUCUGGCAACGACAACUUUUGUCCUCGUAACAAUUGGGCUCGGGCAGUUCUGCCUACCUCCAACCUUCCCGGUGCCCUUCCUUCACUCCUGUUGACUCUCCUUUGACUGUUUUUGACCCCAAUAGUUACCUUGGAGGUGGCUAGAUCGAAGACCCGCAGUAGUCAAAAGCCCAUUAGUUUAAUCCAUGGUCCUCCUGGUACAAGAAAGACCGUGACUUCUGCUUUGAACAUCUAUCAUCUCGCCAAUCCCUCUAGUGCUUAACUAUAAGCAGGUUGUCCUCGUCGGCGAUAACCAGCAGCUUUUUCCGGUUAUUAUGAACAAGAAAGCGGCGGGCGCUGGUUUGACACAAUGGCUCUUCGAACGUCUGGUCGUACUUGGCAACAGACCCAUUCGUCUGCAAGUCCAAUAUCGUAUGCACCCUUCCCUUUUUGAAUUUCCCUCGAAUAUGUUCUAUGAGGGCCGGCUGCAGAACAGCGUCACUGCUCCCGAGCGUCUUCGCAAGAAUAUCGAUUUCCCAUGGCACGCCCCGGACACCCCGAUGUUCUUCUACCAAAAACUUGGUCAGGAGGGGAUAUCAUCCAGUGGAACUUCGUUCCUUAACAGGACGGAAGCAUCUAACGUCGAGAAAAUUGUGGCAAAGUUCUUGAAGGCGGGUGUAAUGUCUAGCCAAACUGGUAUUGUCACACCCUACAAGGGCCAAUAUUCAGUUCAAGAGGGACGAGAGAAGGACUACGUCAUUCCGAGCCGCGCCAGAAGUAACGAACACCAGGGCAUCGGUUUUUUGAAUGACCCUCGUCGUCUGAAUGUGGCUCUGACUCGUGCAAAGUAUGGAGUCGUCAUCCUUGGAAAUCCAAAGGUUCUCAGCAAGCCAAGUUGUUUUGGUGGAUGA